GUCAACUUCUUCAUAAAAAUCAAGAGCCUGACUCUGCAGCCUUCCACUUCCCAGCUUACAAACCAUCAGUCACUGCAAACUCCAUAAGAAUCUAUAAUUCAACAUGUCUUUCAUGCAACAAUUCCUCGCUCAGGCUAAUUUUCUAGAAGCUGGACCAGAGGUAGUGCCUGUUGAAAGUUGUGGACCUUCGCUGAAAGCCACAUCUGGAUACAAUCCUGCAGAAGAUGCUGCUAAUAUUGAAAAGGCAAUAAAAACUAAAGGGGUGGAUGAAGGCACUAUCAUCGAUAUCUUGACUAAAAGAACUAAUGCUGAACGCCAACAAAUCAAGGCUGCUUAUCAGCAACAGACGGGAAAGAGUUUAGAUGAUGCAUUGAAAAAGGCGCUCUCAAGCCACUUGGAGGAAGUUGUUUUGGCGUUGAUGAAAACCCCAGCCCAAUAUGAUGCAUGUAGCCUGAAGAAUGCUGUCAAGGGACUUGGAACAGAUGAAGAUACCUUAAUUGAAAUCCUGGUAUCACGGACCAAUAAUGAGAUCAGAGAAAUUAUUAAGGUUUACAAGGAAGAGUUCAAGAAAGACCUUUCAAAAGAUGUUGCCUCUGACACAUCUGGAGACUUUCAAAAAGCCCUUUUAGCACUCAUUAAGGCUGAACGCAAUGAAAGUUCACCUGUGAAUGAUGAGCAAGCUGACAAUGAUGCCAGGGCCCUCUUUGAAGCAGGAGAAAGGCGUAAAGGAACAGAUACGUCCGUAUUCAUAAAUAUUCUCACUUCAAGGAGCUUUCCCCAACUUCAGAGAGUUUUCUCCAGGUAUGUCGCAUACAGCAAAAAUGAUGUGGCCAAGGCUAUAGAUCUUGAGCUGAAAGGAGACAUUGAAAAUUGCCUGAUAUCCCUUGUGAAGGUUGCAUCAUCCAAACCAGCUUAUUUUGCUGAAAGAUUCAACUUGGCAAUGAAGGGCUCUGGAACCAAACAUAAAGACUUAAUUAGGCUUCUUGUAUCUCGAUCUGAAUGUGACCUAAAAGAGAUCAAAUAUCACUACAAGAAGUUGUAUGGAAAAUCCUUGCGUCAGGCUAUUAUGGAAGAAAAACUGAAAGGAGACUAUGAAACCAUUAUGCUGAGCCUUUGUGGCCCUGACAACUAAACAUUUAAUUUGUAAAUCAGUAGAAGACUUCAGUAGAUUUAUGUUGGUUAUCUGGAAGUU